AUGGUAGUUCGUUCUAAUAAUAUUAGAGCAUUACCAUCGUUAUUAUUAGUUCCCAUUAUUGUUGUGUUAUUAGUUUCCUUAGCACCAUGUUCAACUUCAGCUUCAAAUUCAAAUCCCUCAGCUCACAAGACAUUCAUUCAUUGCCUUGUAAACCAUUCAGAUUCUUCUCACCCAAUAAGCUCAGCAAUUUUCACACCAAAGAAUGCCUUAUUCACUUCGGUGUUGGAUUCCUACGUUAGAAACCUUCGUUUCAACACGUCGACAACAAGAAAACCAUACCUGAUAAUCACUGCUUUGCAUGUAUCUCACGUGCAAGCAGCCGUUGUUUGUGGUCAAAAGCACAACCUGCAAAUGAAAAAUCGAAGCGGCGGCCAUGACUACGAAGGAGUGUCAUAUGUGGCUGAAGUGCCGUUCUUCAUCCUAGACAUGUUCAACCUGAGAUCCAUUGAGGUUGACAUAGAAAGUGAAACAGCUUGGGUGCAGGCUGGUGCACAGUUAGGUGAGGUGUACUAUAAUAUUGCUAAGAAGAGUAAAGGUCAUGGAUUUCCAGCAGGGGUUUGUCCCACAGUGGGUGUUGGAGGGCACAUAAGUGGUGGUGACUAUGGCAAUAUGAUGAGAAAAUAUGGUCUUUCAGUGGACAACGUUCUUGAUGCACAAAUAGUUGAUGUUCAAGGUAUACUAUAUUAA